AUGUUCCAUGAAAACAUCCAAGACGAUGCGGAGCUGUUGGUAAACGAGACUCUACUCCCAGAAUUGCCCGAUGGCGGCUACGUGGAGGUUUGGACGUACAACAAGCCGGCCGGGGACCCACCCCGCGAACGCCGCGUGGUGCUGCAGGUGAAGCUGAGCAAAGGGUUCACGGGCUCUUCUUACUUCAGCAUCAGAAACUCGACAAGGGAAGCGUUCGACCUAGGGGAUAAGCAGAACGAGUUGAAGAAGCUGGUGAUGGUGUCCGUGAAGCCCGAGGAUGUCCUUGCCGACCACGUGGAGCUCAACGUCAAGGGCAUCUUCAUGCCUCGCGGCGACCUCUACCGCAUGAUGAGCAGCAUCGUGGGCAAGACCGUGUACGGCUCCAAGACCUUCCAAGUGCCGGGUGACGACCGGGGCAACAUGCGCGUGAGGGUACACCACGUGAACCGGAAAUCGCAGGCGAUCUACGCAGGCGUCGUAUCCAAGAAGACGCACGUCAUCUGCAGGUCCAGGUCGUCGCGCAUAUUCUGGCUCGUGCAGCUGACGCCCGAGAUGUACGACACCAACCAGCACGGAGACGUGUACUACGAGGUGUUUCUCCGCUUCGUCGAAGACCUGGUAGAGAGGUGGAGAGAGAUGGACGUCACGCACCACCUGACCGUCGUCUUCUUUUGCCGGGUCUACUUCGCCGGGAACAAGGGGGCUGACCCGGUGACCCCGCCGGAAGGGCUUUAUAGGAGGCCGAUCCGGACGGCACCGGAUGGAAGGCUGUAUGAAGACACCUACAAGGUGGUAAUCGCCAACGAGACCAAGACCGAAUACGACGGCGACUUCAAGCUCCGUUGGCGCCUGCACGAUGAGUUUCACGCCUUCCCCCGCCAGAUGGGUUGGUGGAAAUUGGUCAACCUCAACGCGCCUACCCCGGCCGCCCGCGCUCAAGCUCGAGCGCAGGCCGGGGGCGGGACCGGCGGGGCUGCAGGCGACCGUUCCGCACCCGAUUCGGAAAAGUUGAACCUGAGGACACCGGGCGUUCGGUUGGCCGUGCCGGCUUUGGCGAAACAGGGGAAUGUGGUGGAGGCGCUCAAUGUGAUCGUCAACGUGCUCGACAAGCACUACCUGGAUCGCGACCUCAGUCGGUCCGGCAACUCCGUGGUGAUGAUCACGGCAGGCCCGGGCGUGUUCAACGUGGACGGCAAGCUUUCUGCCAUCACAACUCAGAGGAUGAUGGACAAUGGCAUCGGGAUGGACAUGGUGUCCCUCAGCAGCCCGCCUCUUCAUACCGGACCUCUGUUCAUCUCGAAGCGUCUCAAGAAGGAGACCGUCCCUGUAGCAUCCACUAGCACCAUUCCUCCCUACCAGCACGAGCACCACCAGGAUGGCCGCCUCGAGGCAGCGAACGCGGCGGCUGUGCAAGCGAGCAAGCAGGAACAGCAGCACCAUCACCGCCACCACCAUGUCCAUCACGGCGCCGAAGUCGCAGGCUCGGGGCGUCGGUCAAGCACGACCAGCGAGGAGGUUCUGAUCCAGGAGCCGCCCAAGUAUGAGCUUCCGCACUGGAUGAACUUGACCUUCGCUGCUGCGGCCGAACCCCGAAACCGUCACCGGUACGGCGAUCCCCCGAAGGCGCCAUCCGAGGGGCUCGCCAGCACCGCUGUGCCCGUCGCCAAGCCCCCCGGCACGAAGAGACCGGUGACCAUGCCGAAGAUCAUCUGGCCGGAGCAGCUGCGCUGGAAGUCGAACGGCAAGAUCGACAUGAGGUCGCUGGACAUGCCAUUCCUGCUGAAGAAGCUGCUCGAUUGGCGGCAGGACCACCCUGACGUGAUCGAUAUCGCGGGGCCCCCUGACCCGGACGACAUGGACUUGGCCGACGACGGCCAGCUGGAGCGGAGGAAGGCGGAGGCCAAGCGGUGGGACGACGAGAACAACGUCCGGCCGUACCGGCUCCGAAAGUGGCACGCCGUCGAGACCAAGUUUCCGCAGCCGCCGCACGGCAUCGAGGGCGCCGCCGAGCACGCACGGAUCCUGAGGAAGGACCGUAAGAAGCUCCGCAGGCAGCUCUCCGCCGCCGUCGAGUCGGCCGCUCUCCUCCCCGAGGGCCGUGGCGGCGGGGGCGGCGGCGGUGGUGGCGGUGGCGGCGGGGGUGACCACCGGCAACGGUCCCCGGCGGGGUCGUCCUGUUCGGCCGGUCGCCUCCUCCCGCCGGAGAUGCUGCUGUCGUCUUCUCCGGGCGCGGCCGCGUACGUCGGGAGCCCGCGUAGCCUCGGCAGGCUGUAUCAGCUCGCCAGACCGUUCCCGGACAAGAACAACGUCGUCGCGGUAGUGGCGCAGCCGUCCCUGAUAGGCUCACCUCGGGGGCCCAAGCCGUGGGGGAUCGGCGGUAGCGCCGGCGGGGUCGGUGACGGCCGCGGCGGCAGCGGUGGGAACUCCGGAGGGGCGGCGGCUAAGCUGUGGGGGACCGGCAGCAGCAGCGCCUCUGGUGGUCUUGGAGACAGCGGUAGCGGUAGCGGUAGCGGUGGCAGUCCGGGUGGCUUGGUGCCAGCAACCCACCCUGGUGCUGCGACCAUCAGCGGGGGCGCCGGCGGAGCGGAACCGGGGGUACCAACCAAGAGUAGGCCCCCCCCUGCCCCGCGAGAGCGUGGGGGGGAAAAGGACUGGACGGCGUGCGAAAGAAAAGUGAUGGGGGAGAAGGCCUUCGCACUGUUUUUGCCGAAGUGGAGGGAGCACGACAACAGUGUUGACCGGCCGUCAAGCGAAGAGGACGAGAAGCCCCGAGGAGCGUCGGCCAAGGUGGCCAAGAAGAAGGCCAAGGCGUCCAAGAUGGGAGACUGGGGCAGCCUUCUCACAGAGGGGGACGAGGAAAAUUACCCCUCGGGGGGGUUGUCGGGCCCGCUUUCUUCGCCGAGGCCUGCGCUUCGGAACGCCGUGGGACUGUCGGGGAGCGGCGAGAAGCCGCACACCCUGGAACAGAUGGUGGAGCGCGCGGAGCGCAAGAAGGAGGACGCCUUGCGCGAUCGAAACCGCUCCAGCGGCAGCGGCGGCAACGGCGGUGGAGGCGCCGGAAACGGCCGGUCGUCUACUCUCAAGCCUCCCGUUUCCAGCGGAAGGUCGCUGAGCGACUCAAGUCCCAACGCCGGCGGGGAAAACCCAGGACCGUCUCCGGCGGGCCCAACCGUAGUGGAAGGGGGUCUGUCGCCGCCGCUCUAUUCCCUCGAGAAGGCGGCGCUCGGAAGGUCGCCCAUAGGGCAGACACCGGUGAUACGGUCACCGCUAGGGAGAUCGUCGCUGGGACAGUCGCCGCUGGAGCAGUCGCCGCUGACACGGUCGCCGCCGUCAGCGGCAACCACCGCCAUCACCGCCGCCGCCGCGAACGAGAGGGCGCACGGUGGAGUUGGUAUUGACGAUAUCACCCGAGGCGGUACCUCCAGCGCCGGCUCCUCUCGCGGCGGCGGCGGCGGCGGCCCUCGACAACAGUACGCGCAAGGAGAAAAAGGCUCCCCCACAGGCGGCGAGAGCGGCGGUGGUGGCAGCGGCGGCCAGAAGGGGGCGGCGGCCGCCACCGCCGCAACGGCGCCGCCACUAAAAAUCUCGAGGUCAUCUAGCGACAGCGUAAGGUACUUCGAAAAUUGGGGCAAGUGGGUGCCGAAGAAGCCGAGAGAAAAGAACUCGCCAAAGGGCGUGCACUCGCCCGAGCAGGCCGGAGAGUCGUCGUCGGGCCGCGCAAGGGGCGGAAGCGGGAAGGGGCUGGGGCGAUCUCCCCUCAGGGACGCGGGUUUGCUGUGCACGCCGAGCUCGAGCCUGGAGCAGCAUCAGCCCGGCGGGUUCACGGCUAGGCUGGUCGGGGACAAGCUCAAGGUGCCUCUCGGCAGGCCCCCGAUGCGUCGGCCGGUGGACCCGUCGCCGGCCAACGCCAAUCCUCGCAGCUACGACUGCAUUAGCUCCCUGUCGGAAGACCACAGUCACAGCCAGGGAACGACCGGCCUUGGCUCCGACAACACCACCGACGAGGCGUUCGACCGCGACGGCCACUACCAGGCCAGCUACGGUAGCGCCGUCUCGACGGGGCCCCCGGCGCUCGGUGGACGCGGCGGCCCGACAGCCGCCGCCGUCGCCGCCGCCGCCGAUGCCGGUUUCUCCAGGCGCGAGCCUUCUUCCGCCGUGCGGUCGAGGGUGAACACCUCCGACUCCUCCUUCGCGAAGUCGAGGUUCGGCACCGUCUACGGAAGCGAGGCGAGCCUCGGCGGCGGUGGUGCAGGGAAGAGUCGGCCAAUCGCGGAGCAGGAGUUCAACCCGUUCCAGACCGCGGACGAGCGGCAGCUUCUGAGAAUCCGCACGCACAACCGGCGGCGCUGGAGCCACGUGUUCUCCCGAGGGGAGACGGAGUUCCAGACGACGGACACCAUGCCUGGCCCGAUUUAUCGCUCCCUGUGCCAACCGGUUCUGCUGCCGACAUCGAUCGACUAUGUUCCGACGCAGAAGAUCCUGGAAGACGACUACGUGGAGUCAGGAUACGACAUCGCGAUAGCCAACGAGUUCAAGAACAACCCCGAGAGGGCGAAGCUCGUGGUGGAGGAGAUGGUCGCGCAACGGAUAGCCCAAGAUUUCCAGUUGGUCGAACAGCCUGCCGAGACCAAUGUGCGCUCUAGGCUGUGGACGUCCUACCAGCAGCUGGCGAAAAGAGGCCGCGACUUCUCAACGAACAACAACUUCUUCACCGUGGGGGAGGGGCUCGUGCACAUCGUUUCCAUGGGGCACCGGCUGCAAACUAUCUCGUACACCCAGGAGAACUCAACGGUCAAGGUUCGGAAGUUUACCCUCAAGGCGGGCAUGGACUCCGAAUACAGCGCGUACGAGUACAGCUUCUCGCUCUGGGGCUCCCUGACGGGCUACUCACAGCCGGUGAAGCAGGAGUUCUACAAGUACCCGAAACCUGCGUACAACUUCAACUACGUCGAUCAGCUCAUCUCCGGAGAUGAGGAGCAACUGUGGGAAGUCACCAAGUACCGGCGGCUCCUCUUCAACAUCGUUCCUCCCAAGGUGACCAACGCAGAGGAGGAAGAAGCCUUCGCCGACGCCCUGGACAGGUUCGCCGAGCACCUCAACGGCAAGAGGACGCUCGUCUCCCAAGACCCCCGGCAUGGCACGGCGCCGACCGUGUCCUUCGCCCUGCGCAGAAAAUUCCCCAAAGUUUCUGCCGGUGGUGUGGAUGAGGACAACGGCGCCGAGUGCCAGGCGGCGAGGAAUGGGCGGGCGGAGUCGGCGACGGCGACGGCGAGCUCUCGAAGAAUGUCCUCAGAGUACUCCUCCCGCGGUGGGGAGGUUGGGGCCGUUAGGGGUAGGGCUUCGUGGGGAUCGAGCGGCGGGGAGACCUCGGUGGCGGCGGCAGCGGCAGCAGCAGCGGCAACAGCGGCGGUGGUGGAUGCGGCGGGAAGGGAUGACGGGCCUGCAACUGCGAGUUCCGUGACGGUGAGGAUGGACAUGACCACAAAGGCGCCGGUUGCCCCGGCAGCGGACACUCUAGGGGUCGGCGGCGGCCGUGGCCCCAGCGCGGCCGGGGCAGACACUGUCGCCAGAGGAGGCGGCAGAGGUAGAGACUUGAAAGACAACAGGGACCGCAAGGAUAGGGAUAGAGAUGGAAGAGACCCCAAGGGCAAGGAUAAAAGGCACGGCGGCGGCGGUGGCAAGGGGUGGAACGGCAAGGUCGGCGGGGUCGAGAAGGGCGGAAAGGCGGCGGCGGCGGCGGCGGGCGAGGCUACUGAGGAGAAGCCGGAAGACGCGCCUCCGCCGCCGCACAAGGAGUGGCUCGACGUUGUCCAUGACAAGGAUGUAGACAUCUCGCGCGUCAUCCACGUCGACGUGCACUGGCUCCUGUGCAGCGCGGCCAAGGUCACCGAGUACGUGACGGGUCUGCGCCGCUGCGCCCACGACCUCCAGCUUCAGCUUCUCCAGGCGCCCACCUACACCAGAGUGCCGGAAAUCAACACGCACCCGCUCGUGACGCACCCGUACAUCGAGAUCCCCCCAUGCUCCGCUCGCGAGGAGAAAGACAUCCUGUUGCGGGUGCAGAACCACAUGGUCGACUCGAACGACUACGUGAGGUGCUGCGACGUCACCACCGACUGGAAGUCCUACGGCCUACCGGUGCCGCCACCGAACGUGGACUUGUCCGGAAAGGUUCUCGCCGUGCCCCGGCCGAAGGGGAGAGCGUACAUGCACCGCACGGGCGCUGUCUUCGUGCGUGUCGCCCCCGGGGGACUGGUGCUACUUCCGAACGUGCACUGGCGCGACAGCGGAGAGCACGCGGAUCAGCCGCCGGGACGAAACCGCCAGCUUCAACGGCGACUGAGAGACACCCUUAACAACUUGGUGGUGGUGACACACAACGCCCAAGCGGCAGCGACCAGCGUGAUCAGCGAGGCCGUGGACAACGUGUUGAACCACAUCGCGGCCACGUGAAAACCACGAGCAAGGACCGCGCAGUACACAGCAGUAGUCUCAUCAAUAACUCCAUGCUCGCGUCUUGGGGCAAGUGCGUAGCUUGGGAGAGAAAGUUGGAGGGGUCUACGUUGUGGGAAGCAACUUUGAUGACACGUAGCUGAUGUAGGGGUCUCGCGUUUGGGAGGCACAACUUGCAAGCGGAACAUGUCUUGCGGGAUAUAGACUGUACACCAAGAUGUUGCACGAGUGUGUGCAUAGAUUUGAAUGGUUUGCUUCGGGUCGUUUUUUCUGUGUGAAAUUUGUAGAUUUUUUGUAGGUUCCCAGAACGGGGUACUGACCAAACACGUUGUUGUUUGUGCACGAGGGAACAGCAAUCUGCGGCCCCUCCGAUAUUCGCUUCCAUGGGGCAUGCGCUGCGGCUGCCUCAUCCUGUUUCGUUGUACAAAUGGCGUUGGCACCAUGGGUUUCGCCUUGUAUCUUGUGCUUGUUGUGUAUGUUUGUCACAAGUUAAAUAGUUGGUUGCAACCAACGAACGCCGUUUAUUUACACCUCAGUGUUUUGAGAAGAAUUCUCCUUUUUUGGUCGGGUGCUUCGUUCUGUUGAUUGAUUAGUCUGGGUGCGUCGCGAAUGCAAAUUAGACGUUGGCUUGUGAGACGAUCGUGUAUUGGCCUUUGUUUUUUCCUUCAGUGCCACAGCAGUGUGCGUAGCGCCUGCCUACGGCUUAGCAGCAUUUUCCCCUCGUCAUGGUAUUAUUAUUCCCAAGAUAAUGGUAGAUAUUUAUGGUCUGACGAUGCUGCUUGAGACUGACUGCAACUCAUUUAUUUGUAAAUCGUGCACCGCGGACCAGAAGAUGAAAAGACGAGGGUGACAAACCCUACAAAUGUUCCUAAGCUCAUGUGGGGCAUGAUUUUCGGAUUUCCCUGGAAAAGAAGUGGAGUGUCACAGCUAGCACGUUCCGCGGACAAGACCGUUGCUUUUUCUCCCUAAUAAGUCAGAGUGAGUGAGUUAUCUGAAAAGGAGGAACUCAUGAAGUGAUCGGAGCAUUUGC